GUCUGGUAGAAAACGCAACAAGCUCCAAACUAAUUAACCCUAAUGAACACAAGUCACGUGACCUCUUUCCGGAGUCGAGGAAAAGACGUGAUAUUUCCGAGACUUAAAACCGUAUAACCCAACUUAUCUAAACCAUAAGAAGAUGAAUUAUCAUUGCGAGAAACUUUGUUUGAUUACUUUAUUUUUCGCCACCAUGACGCAGCACUGCUGGUGUUCCUCCGCCAUUCGGCUGAUGGAGACACCUGAGCAGCUCCUGCCCAGCGUCACCUGCUCAGACCGGAGGAUAAGAGCCGUGUUUGGUCCUCUGGUCAGAAGUAAUGUGCAUGUUAAAGACAAGACAGGGGCCACCAUCCCAGUGCCUGAAUCUGAGGGCUCCUGUGGAGUGAGACUGGGCAGAGAGAGAAACCAGAGCCUGGCCUUCUACAGCAGAUAUGACAGCUGCUAUGCACAGAUUGAGGGCAGCAGAGCGAUCGUCCCUCUGAGCGUACAGCUAACAGGAGAGGACGGAUGGUUCAGUGUAACCGUCAGCUGUCCUCUGAUAAAGAGACACAGCGAGAGGACCAAGCGCAUCCCAGAACCAUUACCUGGAAAAUGUGACACAGAACGAGCCCUACGAGUGGACUGUGGCCACCAAAGCGUCUCAAGAGAGGCGUGCAGAAAACGGGGCUGCUGCUACGACGCUGAUGACUUAACCUGCUACUACAGGCUCAAUGCCUGCUCUGGGGACGGACACUUUGUGUUCUCAGUGUCGGCCUCAGACUCGCAUAAACCCAUUGAUCCCAGCAGCCUCAGAGUGAAGGACCAGCCUCAGUGCUUCCCUGUGAUCACCACAACCGAUACUGCUGUCUUCAAGAUCGGACUCACAGAGUGUGGGACAAAGCUGAAGGAAGAUGGAGACGUGACGAUCUAUGAGGUAGAAGUGGAGGAGCUGCACCCUAAAAGUAUAGUCAAUCAUUCUCCAUUUAGUCUCCAGGUGCAGUGUGAGUAUGAGGCCUCAGAUCUGAGGCGUGCAGCAGGAUUGCGCUCCUUGUUUCCAGUGACCAACCCCCCGCCUGUGGUCGGACUGGGAACCAUCGGAGUGCAGAUGAGGAUAGCCAAAGAUGCCUCCUUCACCUCCUUCGUCCCGGAGGAGCAGCUUCCUGUCAUCUUCCCGCUGCGCAAAACUGUGUACGUGGAGAUCUCCAUCGCCCAUCCCUCUCUAGACCCCACACUCUCCCUACGAGUGAGGGACUGCUUCGCCUAUCCUGCGUCCAGACACUCUGUGUGGACGCUGCUCUAUGACGGAUGUCCGAACCCUCUGGACAACACGAGGAGCUUCCUCCCUGAAAACGACCAGAAGAAAACCACCUCUCACUCCCAGGUCCGGAGGUUUGAUGUGCAGAUGUUUGCCUUCUUAGACCCUCAUACCGGCAAUCCGAGUGGGGAGGAGAUGUACUUCUACUGUUGGGUGGAAAUCUGCACCGAUGAGGCCGACUGUGCACAGAAAUGCGCCAUCGUCUCCUCUGAGGGGGAGAGACAGAGGAGAGACGCAGAGUCGGACCAGGUCCAGCUGGUGUCUUUAGGGCCGCUGCUGGUGGGUCAGAACAGCACCGAACCAGAGGACAGUCCGUGUUCCAGACAGAAGGAAAUGUUUCAGGUGAUGGUGUACAUUCUCUCUGGUGUCGGUGCGGCCCUGAUCUCCAUCAUAACGUUCACAGUGUGGUCCAUCAUCAGAAAGAAGCAGAAACCAGAAGAAAAUACCAAAGAACAAGUUGACGGUGAACGAUGUCAAUAAACACAUUUAAAAACAGUAGUGUGCAUUCAGACCAGUUUUGUGCUUUUUAAAUGAUCCUGAUAUCUUAAGCUUUAUGAAGUCAUUAUGGUUACUUAAUCAUUUUAUAAAACCAAAACAUUGUUUUAUAAAUGCUUGUUUUAUUUAGCACAACCCAGGAGCUCUGCAGACACAAGUUCACCCAACAUAGGCAGACAGUUUUCACCCAAGGAGGCUGAUGUGGCAUGGAGGUCAUGCAUGUGUGUGUGUGUGUGUGUUCUCAUUGGCAAAAGAAGUAGUGGCAAUGGGAGAGGUCUAUAGCUUAAAGGCGCACCACCACACUUCUUUAAUAACAUUUUAAAAUGCCAUUUUGUGUAAAAGGAAAACAAAUGUUCCAAAAUGUACUUCCUGUUAAAAUCUAAAGCUGUAGUUAAGCAUUAUGGCUACAUACGUUUAAUAAAAUCAAGGCCCAAAUACAGUUUUUACUUGCUGACUUGAUACUUUAUAUAUUCAUAAAAAACAGAAUUGGUACUUGGUCCCAAUUCAAAUACAUUAUUUCCCAUUGUUAUUCAUCUCUUUUUGUGCCAGUAGUUCAAUAAAGUUGAGAAUAAA